UCCCACAUCUCUGGUGGCCUAUACCCGGGCCAAGAUCUUCCAAUCUCCGGUGGAUGUGAGGUCUGGCGUGCGCAUGUUCAAGACCUUAUUGAGCAAGGUUGGAUGGGGAGAACUUCCAAGCAGUUUUGGAUACACCAUCGGUGAGAAGGUGGAGCUCCCGUUCUCAUGGAAUUGGGAGCUGCACAAAGGUCAGAAGAAGAGCGAUGGCAGCUCUGCGUCUGUCUUCAUGUGCGCAAAGAAGGACUUGGAUCCUGCACAGGCAAUGGCAGCAAAGAAUGCAGAGCAGGUCUCGAAAACCUUGAGGCACCCUAACAUCUUGAGAGCCUUCAACUCAAUUGAGACUGAAGGUGGCGUGUACAUUGUUACGGAGGAGGUCGUGCCGCUGGUUACGGCGGCAGCUGCCGAAGGCGACGACGAUGGCCCAGCCAUAUGGGGCCUGUUUCAGGCGCUGGAUGGAUUGAGCUUUUUGCACUCGAGUGGCUUCACUCAUGGCCUCUUUGGCCCACUGGCGAUCUGGGUGACCAACCAGGGCGACUACAGGAUAGGCAGCUUCGAGCUUUGCCAGAAGGGCCUGGACACAGGAAGUGCCAUCGCCGCGCGCCGCCGGGUAGGGCCGAAUUCAUCAGGGUUGCCGGAGCCUCCCUCCGCGAUGCAGAAUGGUGGCAUGCCUUCAGUAGGCAUCGAUAUGUGGGGCGCAGCAGUGCUGAUGGCCUUUGUGUUUGCUAGCCCAAGGGCUCGCAUGCAACUGGAUCUACGGCAGGUGGAAAAGGAGAUUCCUUUGGACUUGCGCAAGGCGUUCAUGGAGUUGGAGAACCCCAAACCGCUGAGAGGGCGCAGCCCCCUGGCCGACAUAAUGGCCCUGGGCUUCUUCCAGCAGCACCCAGCGGUGCAGGUAUUUUCGUUUCUGUCCAACUUGCAGCUCAAGUCUCCAGAGGAGAAAGAGGCAUUUUUUGAAGGACUCCCGCAGCUUCUGGAGGGCCUGUCCGAGGGAGUGAAGAAGCGCCAGGUGCUGCCAGAACUCUUGACAGCCCAGCGUUUCCCAGGACAGGAGGCUGCUCACUUACUGCCGUCAAUUCUGAAGAUUGGUGUCAAGUUGACGGAAGAACAGUUCCGAGAAAAGGUGGCACCGCUUGUGGCACAAUUGUUUGCUGCGCCCGACCGCACCAUCCGUUUCAGAUUGCUGACUUCCUUGGGCGAUAUGAUCGAAUUCUUGGAUGAUGCCAUGAUCAAUGACAAGAUCUUUCCUGAAUGUGUCAAUGGCUUCACUGAUUCGAAUGGGCCUAUCCGGGAGGCGUCUAUGAUCUUCUUCGUCCCGCGCUUGAAGCCAAAGACCGUGGAGAGCCGCGUGCUGAAGUUGCUCGUGAAGAUGAUGCAGGAUCCGGAGGCAUCUAUACGUACCAACGCGCUCAUUUGCGUUGGGCGUGUGUCAGGGGGCUUGCCUGCCGCCAGCGUCAACCAGACCCUGCUGACGGUGAUUGGCGCGGGCUUGAAGGAUCCCUUCAGUCCUUGCAGAUGCGCUGCCCUCCAGACGCUCAUUGCAACUGCGAACAAUUUCACGGCAGAGGAGUUGGCGCAAAAGCUUCUUCCUGGAGUUUGCAGCCGCUUCGUGGAUCCUGAUCAGGCAGUGUCAGAUGUGGCCUUUACCACGCUGCCCAAAGUGCAGGAGGUCGUGAGGCAGAAGGUUGCUGAACGCCGGGCAGCAGCAACCGCAAAAGAGGCAGGUGCAGAGCCCACAAGCACAAAGGCUGAAGAAACAUCCAGCUGGGCCCAAGGAGGAAGCUUCUACAACCAAAUCUCUGCCUUGAGCAUGGACAAGGUCCGGCAGAAGUUUAUGGGCUCUGUGGCGGGCUCCAUGAACCAGCCGGGCCAGCCGGCUGCGCCAGCCGGUGUGCAGGAGGCACAGGUUGCUGGAAUGUGCGAGGCACCUCCGGCACCUGCAGCGAGUGCGCCUGUGCAACCCAGGGCUCCGGCCCAACUUGGCGGCGGAGGCAGCAAGAUGACUAGCUCUUCUGGGAGCACGAAGUUCGGCAAGCAGCCUUCUGGAGGCGCCCAGCUGGACCUUGAUCUGGAUGACGAGCCAGCAGGAGGCGGCUGGGGGGAUGAAGACAUCUUUGGAGACAGCCACCCGUCUCAGGCGGCAAAGGCUGAUGACUUUGGCGACGACUUCUUCGACGAGUUUGACGCGCCGGAUUUGCAGCAGACCUAG